AUGAAGGCUAUUCGACGCAAAAUGGAGGCGGACCUCAAUAAAAAGAGGCACCAGGCUCCAAGAGCGAAUCGCACGCGUAAAGCUCCCCCAGGAACCGUGCUUGCUUUGAAGCCUAGUCAGGCCCUUCAGAUUAAACCCAACACUACCGUCGCAGAAGCCGCACAACUGAUGGCCGCCAAGAGAGAAGACUGUGUUCUUGUCACAGACGAUGAUGACCGCAUUGCUGGUAUUUUCACUGCGAAGGAUCUUGCGUUCCGUGUGGUCGGGAAUGGUCAAAAAGCUCGCGAAAUUACUGUUGCGGAAAUCAUGACGAAGAACCCCCUGUGUGCGAGAACAGACACCAGCGCGACGGACGCCCUUGAUCUCAUGGUUAGAAAGGGCUUUAGACAUCUGCCGGUUAUGGAUGAGAACCAGGACAUCUCCGGUAUCCUCGACAUUACGAAGUGCUUCUACGACGCGAUGGAAAAGCUGGAGCGUGCGUACAGCUCUUCCCGGAAACUCUACGACGCCUUGGAAGGUGUACAGACAGAACUAGGCUCCACCCAGCCUCAGCAAAUUAUCCAAUACGUGGAAGCACUGCGCUCAAAAAUGUCCGGCCCGACCCUCGAGAGUGUCCUGGACGGCAUGCCUCCAACUACAGUAUCUGUCCGCACUUCCGUGAGGGAUGCCGCGGCUCUGAUGAAGGAACAUCACACAACUGCUCUGCUCGUGCAGGACCAGGGCUCCAUCACCGGUAUCUUCACCAGCAAGGAUAUCGUUUUGCGUGUAAUUGCCCCAGGACUGGACCCUGCCACUUGUAGUGUCGUUCGUGUGAUGACUCCGCAUCCCGAUUUUGCUCCUGCUGAUAUGAGCAUCCAAGCCGCUCUCCGCAAGAUGCAUGAUGGUCACUACUUGAAUUUGCCUGUUAUGAACGAGACGGGCGAGAUUGUCGGCAUGGUGGAUGUGCUCAAGCUCACAUAUGCCACUCUUGAGCAGAUCAACUCCAUGCAAUCGCAUGACGACGAGGGCCCCGCAUGGAACAAAUUCUGGUUGUCGAUGGAUCACGAGUCCGAUUCAAUGGUGUCCGGCAGCCACCAAGCCCCGAAUCGUUCCGUUCUUAGUCCCGAGUCACCUAGACCGGGGGUGGAGGGCCGUGACAGUGUGCUCCCUAACGAAUCCGCGUCCCACCACGGCGGAGAUGAGCUUUCGGAAUAUCACGACCAUCACCAUCAUCACGACGAGAACACACCGUUCCCCUUCAAAUUCAAGGCUCCUAGCGGCCGCGUGCACAGAGUCAAUGUUGUCGCUUCCGCUGGCGUCGCUGACUUAGUUGCUCAAGUCACAGCCAAGUUGGGUAACGAGCUGGAGGCAGUCGGUGGUGCAGCCACCGUCGAGGAGGGCAGACUCAGCAAUACGGGUUACGCCUUGAGCUACUUGGACAAUGAGGGUGACACCGUUUCUAUCACCACCGAUCAGGAUCUGGCAGAUGCCGUCAGUCUCGCCCGUCGCUCGCACCGUGAUAAGGUUGAUCUUUUUGUCCACGACCCUGCUCAGCCCCCAAUUCCAGCAACGUUGGAUCCCCAGCCUGCUCCAGCCAGGGCCGUCGAGGAGAAAAGCUCCGUUGUCGCUGAAGAGCGGCUCUCCGAGGAGCCACUUAUUCCCAAGGCCCAUCAGUCGUUCCCAGCACGUCCCACCGAGGAGCAGUUCAUCGCCGGCGUACCCAAUGAGCUUCUACUUCCAGGCGCGAUCGUAACCCUGGCAGCAGUUAUUGCUGGAGUAUUCAUUCUCAGCCGCGCGACAAGUCGAUAG